AUGGCUCCUUCAGCAGUUGAUGUCUACCCCACCACCCGUCUCAAUGAAUUAAAGAUCAAGGCCCAGGAGUUUGUCUCUCAGCAGACUGCUCCUGCCAAGCUUACCAAGACUCCCAUCCAGCUCACUGGAGCUCUUGAUAAGUUUGAGUCCUUUGAUGUCACUCCAGUCAUUGGCAAAGAAUUUCCAAAGGCCAACCUUGCUCAGUGGCUUGAGGCUCCUAAUGCGGAUGAGCUCAUUCGUGAUCUUGCUGUCACUGUCUCGCAACGUGGCGUUGUCUUCUUCCGCGCUCAAGAUGAGCUCACCAAUAACCUCCAGAAGAAGCUAUGCCAGAAGCUUGGUGAGCUGACCGGCAAACCUGCUGAUUCAACCAUGCACAUUCAUCCCAUCUCCAACAAGUCCUUCCAGUGCAACAAGGAUGAUGAAAUCUCCGUCAUUAGUAACGAUCUCGCUACUAAGAUCUUCUGUGACCGCAAGACCGAGCAACACAAGAAGAAACAGUCUCUCAAGAAGGGAUGGCACUCUGACAUCACCUUUGAGCCUGCUCCAUCUGAUUAUGCUAUCUUGAAGCUCACUGAUAUUCCCACUCUUGGUGGUGACACCCUUUGGGCCUCUGGAUAUGAGGUCUACGACCGAUUCUCCCCUGCCUACCAGAAGUUCCUUGAUAGCCUUACCGCCACAUAUGCCCAACCUCUAUUCACCCAAGCUGCUAAGGACCAGAAAUUCAAGCUCUACACCGAGCCUCGUGGCUCCCCACUGAAUGUUGGUGACGAGCUCUCGACCGAGCACCCAGUUGUCCGCACCAAUCCCGUUACAGGCUGGAAGACUGUCUUCGCUGUCGGCCACCACGUUCAGCAUAUCAACGGAUUGACUGAGAACGAGUCCUCCCACCUUCUCAACGAGUUCCUCCGUAUGAUCACUGAGAACCAUGAUCUCCAAGUCCGCUUCAAGUGGGACAACCAGAAUGAUCUUGGUAAAUUGAAUUCCUUUUCUUUUGAAAUUGAACAAACAUUAAUCUUCAAAACAGCUAUCUGGGACAACCGCUCCACCUACCACGCUGCUACCUAUGACUACGACAACAAUGGUCUCCGUACCGGCCAACGCUGCGUCGGCAUCGGCGAGCGCCCAUACUUUGACCCAGCUUCCAAGUCGAAGCGUGAGGCCGAGGGCGAGGAGUACUUGGAGCCUGGUGAGGGUUUCACCGUCUUCUAA